AUGUUGAUGCAUGGCUCUCAUAUCCUCCAGAAUACGUGCAUCCCUGUCGGACAGGCAUCUGAAGAAGCCAUUGAAGCUAGACACAAGGAUCCAGCAGCCAGCAGCGCGUAUAGCGAUCACGCCGAUCAGAGAGAGAAGAGAUGCCAGAGGGCCACCACCACCACCACACAUGCUGCCUGCCACGGUACUUCCACCCCCGCCUCCAUCACCAACCACACCUGCUGCAUCAUCAUCUGCUGCUUCCACACCUGCUGGAUCAUCAUCUGCUGCAUCAACACCUGCUGCAUCGUCAUCUGCUGCUUCCACACCUGCUGCAUCGUCAUCUUCAACACCUGCUGCUGCCACGCUUCGCGUGCCACGUGCAUUGACAAGGACUCACCUUACAUCCAGCCGUUUGCCUGCUGUUACUGA